GAGUAGACACGUGAAAAGGAUGACUCAAUACCAACUGGCCAGUAAGAAUUUAAAUGAACAGAAAUAAGAAUUUUAUUCAUUUAAAUUUAGAGAGAUAAAUUGAAGGAUGGAAUUGAAAAAUAAUAAUGAAGGAAUACAAGGGAAGAUUUCGGUAGUGACAGGAGGAGUGGGGUACUUGGGUGCAUCUCUCUGUUUACAGCUUCUUAAAAAAGGCGCUUUUGAGGUUCGAACCCUUGACGACAUCCGUUGUUCUUCAACAUGGCCGUCGUCUCUACUCUCUCAAGCUGGUGUUGUUUCCAUUCUUGGGGACAUUACGAAUAAAAAGGAUGUUGAGAAAGCUCUACGAGGGGCAGACUGUGUUUUCCAUAUCGCUUCUUAUGGCAUAUCAGGAAAACAAAUACUUCAGACUGCUAAAAUUGAUAAGGUUAACAUAGAUGGAACUCGCCUUAUACUGGACGUCUGUCUGAAAUUCGGGAUCAAGAGACUUGUGUAUUUGAGUACUAACAAUGUCGUUUUCAGACGAAAGGAGAUUGUAAAUGGUGACGAAAGUAGUCUUCCUUAUCUGCCUCUAGAUGACUACACUGAUCCAUAUGCUCGUAGUAAAGCUAUUGCUGAACAGUUAGUCCUCAAGUACAAUGGCCUCCCUUUCAGGGACAAUGGUGGGUGUUUUUACUCGUGUGCAGUCCGUUCUGCUGCUACUUAUGGACCAGGUGAAGAUAACAUUUUCCCGAGGAUAGUGAAUUAUGCCAAGUUGGGUAUGCUGCUAUCUAAAGUUGGGGAUGCAAAUGUGAAAACAGACUGGGUUUAUGUGGAUAAUCUUGUAUGUGGUCUUCUUUUGGCAAGUAUUGGACUUUUAGACAACAAAAUUUCUGAGAGGAAGGGUCACCCGGUUGCAGCUGGACAAUCCUACUUCAUAUCAGAUGGGUCUCCAACUAAUACUUUCGAGUUCAUUCGACCUCUGUUAGAAAGCCUAGAGUAUGACGUACCAAAGGCCUCAUUGACACUACCCUCAGCUCUUGUGUUUGGAAAGAUAUUUCGGGUUUUGUAUACCAUUCUUUAUCCAUUCCUCAACAUUUCAUGGCUUCCUCAGCCACUUAUUCUUCCAGCUGAAGUGUACAAGAUUGGUGUAACACAUUACUUCUCGUUGCAAAAAGCUGAGGAGGAGCUUGGGUACAAACCCAUAGUGAGUCCGCAGGAAGGCAUGGCAGCCAUGAUCUGGUAUUGGCAAGAUAGAAAGAGGAGAAAUGUAGAUAGACCAAAAUUAUAUGCGUGGUUAUUUUGUGUGUUUGGGUUGUCUGCUCUCAUUGUUGUCAACUUGUUACCAGAUAUUGGUCCUGUUAGAGCCAUUGCUCUUUUCAUAUUCAGAUCAAUGAGGAAUGUUCAGAUAGCUUCGUGUAUCGUGGCAACUGUACAUAUUUCAGAAGCCAUCUUUGCAUGGUUCCUAGCGAAAAAGGUGGACUCUGUGAAUGCUAGAGGUUGGUUUUGGCAAACACUGCUUCUUGCGACUUUCUCAUUGCGUCUUCUGUUGGCAAGGGCAGGACCUGUUGUCUAGGGACGUGCAGUGUGACUUCUUUGUUAAUAUGCAUAUAUUUAUUUACAUUAUAGUGUUGCGUUCAUAUACAUUCCCUAAUAUAUGUGAAUAUACCAGCAGAAAAUCAGAUUUUUCAAGGACAAACAAGCGGGGAUACAACUAUUAGCA